AUGAUGUGCUCGCCGAUGCCAAACUUCGCCAAUGAGAACUCCGAAUUGGUGAAGGAGCCUGACUUCGACGAGAGAACGCCCCUGUUGAAAGCAGAGGUAUCAAGCAAGAGGCCAGUAGUGAGGUGUAGGGAUUCGUGUGGGAGUGUCUCCGAUGAGGAGGCUUGCAAUGGGGGGUUGCUAGAUAAGGAUGGGGCUCACAAGAAGGAAUCGCAAAAUGUCGCGGGGGUUAUAUUGAUUCUUUUGAUCGGUGUUUUCGUCGCCAAUGCAGAUGGUUCUUUGGUUCUGGCUACCAGUGGGACGAUUAGCAGCGAGUUCAACAAUCUUGAAGGUGCAGAAUGGCUGAUUACUUCGUACACGCUGGCGAUGUGUGCCACGCAGUCGCUGUAUGGGAAGUUCAGUGAUAUCUAUGGGAGGAAAAGUACGAUUCUUGUGUCGUAUGGAUUCUUCAUCGUUGGAUGUGCUAUUUGUGGAUUGGGCCAGUCGCUCCAGCAGGUCAUUCUCGGGAGAGUUCUGGCAGGCGUUGGAGGAGCUGGGAUACAAUGUCUUGUUUCCAUUGUCAUUGCAGAUUUGGUACCGAUUCGAGAAGUUGCUUCCUGGAGGAGCUAUGCCAACAUCGCCGCAACAUCCGGUAGAAGUCUAGGAGGACCAAUUGGCGGAUAUUUGACGGAUACUGUGGGAUGGCGGAUGUCUUUCCUAGGACAAUGUCCACCGACCAUGCUGGCUCUAGUUCUAGUCGCCUGGAAGCUCAACAUCGCCAUGGAAGACGAGGGUCCUACACAAUCCAACUUUGCAAAGUUGAAACGGAUCGACUUCCUCGGUGCCUUGUUCCUGUCUGUAUCAAUAACUUGCGGGCUCCUGGUUCUCGAUAUGGGGGGCCAGAGGAUGCUGUGGACGGAUCCGCUGAUUUUGGCUCUAUUUUCUGCAUCGACGGCAAGCCUGAGUUUGUUUGCACUUGUGGAAGGAUUCUUUGCCAAGGAGCCCAUAUUCCCUCUGAGACUGUUGUUGAAUCGAGAUGUGAUUACAUCGUAUAUCAAUCUUUGUUUCCAGACUGGUGCACAAGGAGGUAUGAUGAUGCUAGUUCCCAUAUAUUUUCAGAUCUCAGCACAUGCGACUUUGACGAAUGCUGGAGCGCACUUGAUGCCAUCGGUGCUUGGGAAUUGCAUUGGAGGACUUCUUACUGGGUAUAUCAUUCGAAGAACAGGGAGAUACAAGCUCAUAUCUAUCCUGGGCGCAAUCUCAGCUUCCCUUUCGUACGCCUUGAUGCUCGCACGCUGGCAUGGUCAUACCUCCUUCUUGGAGUCUCUUUAUAUCGUUCCGGGCGGCUUUGGGAAUGGAAUUGCCAUCGGUGUAACAUUCAUCGCUCUCACUGCAGGCGUAGAUACGAGCCAACUGGCCAUUGCAAGUUCCGGUCUAUAUCUCAGUUCCAACAUCGGUAUGGUGGGAGGUCUCAGCAUCGCUGCCGCUGUCCUUCAAGGUACUUUGCGAAAACAGUUGAGAAUAUCGUUAGAGGGAAUGGAGGGCCGAGAUCAGAUUAUUACCAAGGCGCUGUCAGAUAUUGAAUACGUGCGAUCGCUUGAAGGGCGUCUAGGCCAGCUUGUCACCGAGGCAUAUGUUCGCUGUCUCACGUACACACAUGGCGUUUCACUAAUCGGGUCAACUGUCGCCCUCUUGGCGGCGUUUUGCAUCAAGGAACACCGUCUUUGA